GUCGAUUGUACCUGGUCCAGACCAGUUCGACAUAUCAACAGAUCCGCACAAUAAUGAGACAUCUGACGGCAUUGGCAAUACUCGCUCUCACUGCCCUGGCGCUGACCGAGGCGGCUGUUUACAUUGGCGGCGGUUGCUACGACUGUAAUCCGCCCGGAGGCCAGGGACCUGGAGUCUACACAGGGGUCAACGGAGGACGCGGAGGAGGUGGUGGCAACUAUUACAACGGAGGAGGUGGCGGCCGCGGAGGAGGCGGUGGGCGUCCAGUCUAUUCGGGUAACUUCGGACCUGGCUAUAACAACGGAGGUGGUCGCGGUGGCGGUGGCUAUGGCGGCGGCGGUUACGGAGGUGGUUACGAUGACGGCGGUCUAACGCAGAUUAUAAGCGGAUGAGUAUAUAAUCUAGGGGCUUUACGUCAUUAAAUACCGCAAAUGACCAACCGUCAGCUGAUAUUUAGCUUUCCCAUUAAUAGAAUAAAACAAAUACAAAACAGAAAUAAUUGUGUGUUUUAUCAGUA